UCGCCGGCCGGCGUCGCGCGGCGCUGACGUCAGGGCGGCGCGCGCGGGCGGACGAUGGUGGCGGGCGCGUUCCCGCUGGCCAAGCUGCUGACCCUGGGCGCGCGCCAGCUGAGCCGCCCCCUGGCGGCGCGCAUCAAAGCCGGGGCCCGCGCCAGUCCCUUCUUCCGCACCUACAUCUCCGCCUGCCCCCCGCCCAGCGUGAUGUAUCACUGGGUGGAGAUGCGCGCCAAGAUGCGGCUGAUGGGCUUCCGCGGCGCCGCCGUGAAACCGCUGAACGAGGAGGCGGCGGCGGAGCUGGGGGCGGAGCUGCUGGGGGAAGCGAUCGUGUUCGGCGUUGGGGGGCUCUGCUUGUACCUGGAGUACGCGCGGCAGGGCGGCAGACGCGCCGCCGGGGAAGGGGAGCAGGCGGCGGCGCUGCGGGAGCUGCGCGAGGGGCUGGAGGGGGCUGCGGGCCGAGCUGGAGGCCAUGGCGGCACGCCUGCCGCCUGGCCCCGGCGGGCUCGGCCACGCCCCCGCGAACCUUAACCACGCCCAUGCCGGCCUUAACCACGCCGGCGCUAACCCCGCCCCCGCCGGCGCUAACCCCGCCCCCGCCGGCGCUAACCCCGCCCCCGCCGAAUGUAGUUGUGCACCUGCUGGCGCUAGCCACGCCCCCGCCGCGU